AUGCCGCGUCUAUUCAUGAGAAGCCACACCACCACGACGCGCACCAGCACCAGACCUGAGCCGGAGUAUACGACUGUCUUGACCGAGCCACCGAAGAAGCCUGCCACCAAAGGUCAGGCGACGAAGAAGCAUACCACCACCAAAAAUCAGUUUGUGAGGAAGCCUUUCGCUAGCAAAACCCAGCCUGGGACUGAGCAACUCACUGCGGCAAGCCGUCCAACGAGAAAGCCUUCUGAUGUCAAGAGCCCGUCCCCGAAGAACCAUACCACUAGCAAAAGCCAGCCCACCGAAAAGGCUGCUUCAGGAAAAGACAAGCGCCAAAAUAAGGACACCACUCGCGAAAGCCAGCCAAACGAAAAGGCUGCUACUGCAAAGGACAAGCGCCCAAAGAACGACAACACUGGCGAAGAGCAGCCAGCAACGAAGCAUCCUCCUGCUAAGACCCAGUCAACGACCAAGCAACGCCCUGAUCAAAGCCAGCCACCGAUGAAACAUUUCCCAGCCAUGAACCAGUCAGCAACUCAGCACCCCACAAUCAACAAGCAGCCGACAGAAUCCUCUCAAACCAGUCUCAAGAUCGUUCGCAUUCCACGGGAUGGCUCUCCCAUGAGAAUAAUGGAGGUCGCUCUGAGCGAUAGACCCCCUUUGAUUUUCACCGACGCCCGCACCGAAGAGCUCGAAGCAGAUCUUGUGCACCUUCCCAAACUCUGGGACUGCGUAAGCAGACACUCUUUCCGUUGGGGAUUUCGCACCCUCCUCGCCCUUCUCACCCACACGGAUCUGAGGACAAUAACCCAAAGCAUGCACGAUAGGAUGGUCACCCCGGACAAUUUCUUGUACACAUGCCUCGAGGCAGGGUCAGGUCUCCGUCUGAACGGGUAUUUGUCUCAUCUUUGUGGUGUGAGGGUAUAUGGAGACGCCUUCAUUUUCAGGUGGGAUCCGCAGCAAUACGGGCCAGAUGGGCGAGCGACACUGAUAGACACGGAAGACAUUUUUAUCGAAAGCGGGAACAAUGGGAUAUAUGUGCCGAAGUUACUGUGUAACUUCUUCAAACCGGGUGAGGGUAAUGGCAUCAAGUUGUAA